ACAGAAAGAAAAAGCCCUUUAUAGAGAAGAAGAAAGCUGUCUCUUUCCACUUGGUCCAUCGGAGCCAGCGAGAUCCUUUAGCAGCUGAUGAAACUGCCCCCCAGAGAGUACUGUUGCCCACCCAGAAGGUCAAUGAUGAAGAAAGACGAGCGGAGCAGAGGAAGUAUGGGGUGUUCUUCGACGAUGACUAUGACUACCUACAGCAUCUGAAGGAGCCGUCGGGGCCCGCAGAGCUCAUCCCCAGCACUGCCUUGAGCACAUACAGCAGUGACGAGAAAGAAGAAGCUUCGAGCACUGGGAUUAAGUUGCCUUCAUCCGUGUUUGCCUCCGAGUUUGAGGAGGAUGUUGGAUUGUUAAACAAAGCAGCUCCAGUUUCAGGACCUCGACUGGAUUUGGAUCCUGACAUUGUUGCUGCUCUCGAUGAUGAUUUUGAUUUUGAUGACCCAGAUAACCUCCUUGAAGAUGACUUCAUUGUUCGGGCAAAUAAGCCGACAGGAGCAGAGGGAAUGGGUUUGCCGGAAUCUAGGAGUGGCGAUGACAAUGAAUGGGAAGACAUGGACAGUGAGGAAGGGGACAGCGAUGAUUGUAGCUCUGCAGGCCCACUCUCAGAUGGAGGUGACAGAUCUGUCCCUGGCUCACCUCAGGAAGCCAUCAAAAAACACCUGUUUUGGGAAGAGGAAACCAAGAGCCGUUUCACAGACUAUUCCAUGACCUCCUCGGUCAUGAGGAGGAAUGAGCAGCUGACUCUACACGAUGAGAGGUUUGAGAAGUUCUAUGAACAAUAUGAUGAUGUUGAAAUUGGAGCUCUGGAUAACGCAGAACUGGAAGGUUCCAUUCAAGUAGACAGCAAUCGGUUGCAGGAAGUUUUGAAUGACUACUAUAAGGAGAAAGCAGAGAAUUGUGUAAAAUUGAGCACUCUUGAGCCGUUUGAGGACCCAGAGCUGCCGGCAGAUGAGCUUGAUGAGUCUGCCAAGGAAGACAUGGUCACCGUGGUCCUUCAGGAAGCCCGAGAGAAGUGGGAUUGCGAGUCCAUCUGCAGUACAUACUCCAAUUUGUACAACCAUCCACAGCUCAUCAGAUAUGAACCCAAGCCCAAACAGAUCUACCUGUCUUCUAAAACGGGGAUACCUCUCAAUGUGUUACCUAAGAAGGGACUCACGGCAAAGCAGGUAGAACGGAUGCAGAUGAUCAAUAGCAGUGAUCUACCCAAGGUGUCAACCCAGCCACGGCCCAAAAGUGAGAGCAAAGAGGACAGGAAAGCCAGAAAGCAAGCCAUAAAAGAGGAGCGUAAGGAACGAAGAGUUGAAAAGAAAGCCAACAAACUAGCAUUCAAACUGGAGAAAAGAAGGCAGGAAAAGGAGCUGCUGAACUUGAAGAGUAUCGAGGGUCUAAAGCUGUAAUGUGUAGAGCCGCGCUCCGUGCUCCGUAAUUAACCAGGGCCUUAAGAGGUGAACUUGCCGUGGAGCCGCGCUCCGUGCUCCGUAAUUAACCAGGGCCUUAAGGGGUGAACUUGCCCCCGUCAUGUUUAUAGGCCAAUAGCUGACAAAAGUAGAGUGUUUGUAUUUUUAUACAAGUAAGGGUCUCUUGUCAGCUACCUUGUAAAUAUUACAAUGUUUUGGCUUUAACAUUAUAAGCAUAUACUCCCUCUGAAAUAAAUGACUUCAUGAAAGUAAAAUGUUUGGAUAAAUUAAAGGAAAAUGUCUUUCUAACUUGCA